AUGAACGAAUACCACGGCCCAGACUCAUCGGGGUCGCCCGAGAACCAGGCUCGGGGCCCGGAGAUCGGGCAUGCAUGCAACUCGUGCCGAAGACGCAAGCUGCGCUGUUCGAGAGAACUACCAGCUUGUCAGCACUGUCGGAAGACGGUCUCCGACUGUCACUACGAGACCACGCGGGCCAAGCCUGGCAUGAAGGCUGGGGCGCUGGAUAACAUCCAUCGGAGGCUUGACGCAAUAGAGCGCUCAGUCGGGCGGCAACAAGCCAGGAUAGAGAGCUUCGAAGGGGAGGGUGCUUCGCCGCAGAACGACUCGGCUUUACAUACGAUCCUGUCCUCCCUGGCAGCAGGCCUGCAGAAACUAGACAAGAGACCAGCCAUAUCAGGGGCCGGUCCCUCUUUAAAGCGACCGCGACAUGAUUCCGACGGGGCACAUUAUAUACCUCUACCGACUGGCCUGCCGCCCAUCCCCGAUGAUACAGUCCUCAGUCAUGUUCUCGAGGCUUACUUCAUUUACGUCCAUCCGUGGACUCCUAUCGUCCACGAAAGCAGGCUUCGAAGGCGACUAGUCGAGGACCAUCAACGGGAAAAAUUGCACCUUGUCGUGUACUCCAUGAUCCUUGUAGCUGCGCGAUAUAUUGAAGAUGGUGACACGGCAGCCUAUUUGUCGCAAUUGGUCGACGAGCCAGAGAAUAUGAGGGACUGGUUAGUUUCUCAAGCAAUGAAGCAGCCAUCGGUCGAGAAUCUACAGGCACUUGUCAUGGUUGCCUCGGACGAUAUUGGCAGUGGCCAUACAGCCCGCGCGUGGCCACUCGUGGGCUCCCUCUCUCGCAUGGUCGAGUAUCUGCAAUUGACCGUCGAGCAUGACGAGGCAGUCCAACACCCCUUCUCGCAGCCAUACAGGUCGCUAUCGUCCCCAGCCGACUGGACCGAAGCCGAAGAAAGGCGACGGAUCUUUUGGGGCAUCUUUGCACUGGACCGCUUCUGUUCCGUGAGCAUGGGCUGGAAUACCAGCUUAACCGCCGAUGAUGUCCGCCGUCGCCUCCCCUGCGAUGGAAUUACCUGGCGGAAAGAAGACCCCGUCGUCACGCCGUACUUUGGAAUCUGGGAUAAGUCGGCCGGUCGGAUUGGAAAUCCAAUUGCCUUCCUCCCCGCGCAUCCCGCCCCAGCUCGGCCAGCAGCAGAGGAGGAAGCAGACGGCAGCAUCUCUGAGGCUGGGACAUCCCCAGUUACAGCGUCAGCAGCAGUCGAUAUGUCUACCGUCGGGGCUUACGCCUACUGCAUCGAAGCGACAGAGUCAUUGAGCCGUGUAACCACCUACUUCCUCCAGCAGAAAGUCAACCUGAAUGACCAAAAGGACUUUGGUGCCUGGCUUACGCGCUUUAAAGAACUGGAUCUCCGUCUUGUGCACUGGAAGAUGCUUCUCCCUCACAAAUGGACCGUCAACGUCUCACCUUCGCAAUCGGCAUGCACAAGGAUGGAUCCGAACCUGACACUGGCUCAUGUAACGCACAACGCGUCCAUGAUCCUCCUGCACCAGCCGAUCGCGUUUCCCCUGUGCGACUGGCCCUUCAAGAGCCGUCUACCGAGUCACUGUAGCAUGGAUACGUGCCAGACUGCUGCAAUUGAAGUGGCCACCAUCACCAAUCACUAUCUAAAAGGCUCCCUGCAGACAGCGCCGUUGAACAGUCAGUUCGCGUUCUGUGUCUUUAUAGCUGGGCGCGCACUCCUUCUGUACUGGCAGCAUGGUCGCAGCCAGGAGGCUGUUGUCCCAGAGUUCUGGAUGUUGACCCAAAGCCUCGAUACAAUGUCUACUCGCUGGGCUGGAACUGGAACUGGAACUGGAACUGGGGUCAAGAACCUGGCUGCUAAAUAUUCUUCAACCUUGACUCAACUUCAUAGCCAAACUGCAGACAACGAGUCCUUCUCCAUCAGCAUUUCUGCAUACACCACAGAGGUAAUGCACUUGUCCGAGCAGCAAUCUCCAUCUAGCAAUCACCCAACUAUGUCUCCUAAAAUCAGCGGUACCCCGGCCCAGACGCAUAACCCCAGUACAGGAAAUCAAACAAACCCUGCUCCUAAUCAGGGUGAUGGGUUGAGCCCUCCACAAUCAAGAAGCAGCAACAGCAAUAUGCCGCAACCAAUUUAUCCCAAUCCGGAGGUGGCAGCCCUGACACCCGGCGCAUUCACUCUCAAUAUGGGCAUGUCGGCCCAUAAUAAUGCGGUUCCCAACAUCCUCCGGCCCGACUUGGCCGGGGAUUCGGACGAUCCAGUGGCCAUGUCUCAGAUGCUGCUUGAUCAGCAGUUUACUGGCUUGGAUCGAGUAAUUAGUUACAGUGAUGGAUUGUUCGGGUCCGAUUUUGAGGGGCGGAGAUGGUGA